AUUGCAGGGCGUGCCCUCGGGCGCCUGCCGAAAUGUUAAUGUGAUGGGCUGUGAAGACGAAAAUUGCUUUGGUUUAUGGACUGCCUCCUAGCAGACCACCUGUGCUCUAAGUUCUUUGAUUUGACUGGGUGAUAAAGUGAUUUUAGGUAAUGGGUAGAUCAGAAAGUCAGAUGGAUAUAACUGACAUCAGCACUCCAAAGCCAAAGAAGAGACAGCAAUGGACGUCCCUGGAGAUCAGCCUCUCUGUCCUGGUUCUGCUCCUGACUGUCAUCGCUGUGACGAUGAUAGCGCUCUACGCCACCUAUGACGAUGGUAUUUGCAAGACAUCAGACUGCAUAAAAUCAGCGGCUCGACUCAUGCAGAACAUGGAUCCCACUGCUGAGCCUUGUACCGACUUUUUCAAGUACGCCUGUGGAGGCUGGCUGAAACGCAACGUCAUUCCUGAGACCAACUCCCGUUACAGUAACUUUGACAUUUUAAGGGAUGAACUAGAAGUUGUUUUGAAAGAUGUCCUUGAGAAACCCAAACCUGAUGAUAUAGUAGCAGUACAGAAAGCAAAGACAUUGUACAGAUCUUGUAUAAAUGAAUCUGUUAUUGACAGCAGAGGUGGAGCGCCUCUACUCAGAAUGUUACCAGACAUAUAUGAAUGGCCAGUAGCCACAGAAAACUGGGAGCAAGAAUAUGGUACUUCCUGGACACUUGAGAAAUCUAUUGCACAACUGAAUGCUAAAUAUGGGAAAAAAGUCAUUAUUAACUUUUUUAUUGGCACUGAUGAUAAAAACUCUUCGAACUAUAUAAUUCAUAUUGACCAACCUCGACUUGGCCUCCCCUCCAGAGACUAUUUUGCAUGCACUGAAAUAUAUAAAGAGACGUGUACAGCAUAUGUGGACUUUAUGAUUUCUGUGGCCAAACUGAUACGUGAUGAAAGAGGACUGCCCAUAGAUGAAAAACAGAUUUCUAUGGAAAUGAAUAAAAUUAUGGAAUUGGAAAAAGAAAUUGCCAAUGCUACAGCUAAACCUGAAGAUCGAAAUGAUCCAAUGCUUCUUUAUAACAAAAUGAAAUUAGCCCAAGUCCAAAAUAACUUUUCACUAGAGAUCAAUGGGAAGCCAUUCAGCUGGUCAAAUUUCACAAAUGAAAUUAUGUCAACUGUGGAUAUUAAAAUUACAAAUGAAGAGGAUGUGGUUGUGUAUGCUCCAGAGUACUUAGCCAAACUUAAGCUCAUUCUUACCAAAUACACCGCCAGAGAUCUUCAAAAUUUAAUGUCCUGGCGGUUCAUAAUGGAUCUUGUAAGCAGCCUCAGCAGAAACUACAAGGAGUCCAGAAAUGCUUUCCGCAAGGCCAUUUACGGCACCACUUCCGAAACAGCGGCCUGGCGACGCUGUGUCAACUUCGUCAAUGCCAACAUGGACAGUGCUGUGGGAAAGCUUUAUGUAGAAGCAGCAUUCGCUGGAGAGAGUAAACACGUGGUUGAGGAUUUGAUUGCACAGAUCCGGAAAGUUUUUAUUCAGACUUUGGAUGAGCUCACUUGGAUGGAUGCUGAAACAAAAAAGAGAGCUGAAGAAAAGGCCUUAGCAAUUAAAGAAAAAAUUGGCUAUCCUGAUGAUCUUCUCUCAGAUGUUGACGGCCUGAAUAAAGAAUACGAGGAGUACAACUACAAGGAAGAUGAAUACUUUGAGAACAUAAUGCAAAAUGCGAAGUUCGGCCAAAAUAAACAACUGAAGAAGCUUCGAGAAAAAGUGGACAAGAAUGAGUGGAUAAGCGGACCAGCUGUAGUCAAUGCAUUUUAUUCUUCAGGCAGUAAUCAGAUAGUCUUCCCGGCUGGCAUCCUGCAGCCCCCCUUCUUCAGCGCCCAGCAGUCUAACUCGUUGAACUACGGGGGCAUCGGCAUGGUCAUAGGACACGAAAUCACCCACGGCUUCGACGACAGUGGCAGGAAUUUUAAUAAGGAUGGAGACCUCGUUGACUGGUGGACACAACAGUCUGCAAAUAAUUUCAAAGACCAAUCCGAAUGCAUGGUGCACCAGUACGGAAACUUCUCCUGGGACCUAGCAGGUGGACAGCAUCUCAAUGGAAUUAAUACACUGGGAGAAAACAUUGCUGAUAAUGGAGGUAUUGGUCAAGCAUACAGAGCCUAUCAAAAUUAUGUUAAAAAGAAUGGCGAAGAAAAAUUACUUCCUGGACUUGACCUAAAUCACAAACAACUAUUCUUCUUGAACUUUGCUCAGGUAUGGUGUGGGACCUACAGGCCAGAGUAUGCAGUCAACUCCAUUAAAACAGAUGCCCACAGUCCAGGCAAUUUCAGGAUUAUUGGGACUUUGCAGAACUCCCAUGAGUUUGCAGAAGCCUUUCAUUGCCUCAAGAAUUCAUACAUGAAUCCAGAAAAGAAAUGCCGGGUUUGGUGAUCUUCAGAAGAGCGGUGCAGCCCUGGGCUAGCCUCGUCAACACCAUGGAAAUGGGGACCUCUAUCCAAGAGACUGGGCCACAGAGCUCACUUUUGUUGCACAGGGAUGGUUGCAGAGAUGAGAGCAUCAUAAUAAAAUGAAGUUAGGUUAUCCUGGAAAAGGUGUGGAGGGAGGAGGGUGUCUAAUGUCUGUCAAAUCAUUCACUUCUCACUGUAAAUAAUGCUUACUCUCUACAGACAGGCUUACCAUUCACUUCUGUUUCUCAUGUGAUCUGCCGGUUUGAUGUUGCCUCCUGAAGAGAGUGUUAGCCAUUAGGUAGAGCAGGAUUUCUCAUCAAAGGGAGAAAGAAGAAGUUGAAGAAUACAGUUGACACCAAAAACACAUCAGUGACAUGGGAGUGAAAAACACAUUGCAGAAGUACUUAUUUGUACUUUUAUUUGCAACAUUUAUGCUCCUUCAAAUCUCUUCCAAAGAAUUCUUACACAUAUUGGGGCCUUGGGACUUAUGUACGUUUAAACUACUUUUCCAGUCAUCAGUUAGGCAUUCCGAGAUCAUUUAUUUUGAGCACUUAGGGCUAAAAUGAAUGUCUAAAUCUGUUUUAUUGUACCUGUUUUGACUGGUAUCAAUAUUCCUGAGGCUCCCUGCAAUUUUCUAAGCAAUUUCUUGUUCUCUGUCUCUCUCAAAACCUGGUCUUUUUAAGAGAUUUGUAGCAAUGUAUAAAUAAUAAUUUUUAUAUUUAAUUGUUAACUACAUUUAUGACUAAGUAAUUGUUAUUAUAGGUAAUCAUUGAAUAUUGAAGUUUCAGACCCAGAUAGUUAUGAACCAAGAUCUGUAAAGUGAUGUACAGAUGAACAUUUGAGACUUUUUAAACUUAUAAAUCAUAUUGAUGAAGAGCUUUAAGUAUAAACUUUGGAUUAAACAUUGCCAUUGGACAGUUGUCUAAAGAAACGUAAGACUUGCGGUUUACAAGCAGGAUUUUCAAGAUUCAGUCUGUCCCUAAGGUGGCUAGAAUAAAAGGGCAAACCCGCGUCUAUGUAGCUGUGCACCUCCUCAUCUUUUCAGAUUUGUUACCUGAUGGAAAUAUUUUGAUAAUAAAUUGAGAUUGUGAACCCAGUA